AGUGUCAAAAUUUGCAAAUGCCGAACGGCCCGACGAAAAAAUAGUGCAAAAAGUAAACCGCCUUUCUGUGAGGGCCGCGCUGUUAGGAAAAUUGAGUGCAAUCUCUUUUUUUUCCUCGCUGGAUAUUUGACGCACAGGUAAAGGGAGCUUCAUUAAUCAAUUGCGGUAGUUGCGAUUCCAAGGUACCCUAAUCCGGUGCGUAAUGGCUACGAGAGCUCGCCGUGCGGCUACUAAAGCCCCCAUAGUGAUCGAUUCCGAUACAGAAUCCGAACAAGAUGCCAGCGACCCGGAGGGUAUCUUCUCCAGUCCAGAUGCAAAGCCUAAGGUAAAACGUGCCAUCAAGCGUUCCACCAAUGGGUCCGAGGAGGAUUCCGAUUUUGACGAAUUCAAAGUGAAGGAGUUAAAAGCACCCGCGAAGCGGAGAAUUUCUGCUAAAGGAACCGAGAGUCCCGCAAAGAAACCGAAAACGGAACCCAAACCGAAAGCUCCGAGGAAACCACGAAAAGUAAAAUCUCCAAAGGAACCAAAAUUGACAGCGAAAAAAGUACCGAAAGAACCCAAAGUGCCAAAAGCACCAAAGGUACCGAAGGAACCCAAAGCACCAAAAGUGCCGAAAGCCCCAAAAGCUCCGAAGGUUACAAAGGAACCAAAAACACUGAAAGCCACUGGAACUAAACGAGGUGGACGUAAAAAAACUGCCGAACUAACAGCCGCAGCAGAAACAGUAGUAGAAGAUACAGAUCAGUCUGUAGUUGAAGUUGAAGUAAAAGAAGAACCACCACAAAAUGAUAUGGAAAAUGUGUCGAUAGUAGAAUUGGAUUCUCCGGCUCCUAAGCCAACGCCUGUGGAGCAGAAUUCCCGACCAAAAUACAAAAAGCGCAUUAGCAUGACGGUACGAGAUCAGUGGGAGGAUCAUGAUCUGCUAGCAGAAAUGCAAAACAUUGAUCGUCAUACGGCUCGUAAUAUAAUUCGUUUGUUCGAAGAGGAAAACACCAUUCCAUUCAUUUAUCGGUAUCGAAGAGAAUUGAUAGGCGACAUGACACCGGAUGACCUACGAGACGUUAAACUUGCGUACAAUCAAAUACUCUCGAUCAAAGUCAAAGCGGAUAGCAUUAUCAAGAAUCUCGAGAAAGAAGAAAAGCUCACGGAAGAUAUUAAACUAGAUUUAAUGUCGGCGAAAAGUAUCGAUGAACUGGAUCAUAUGUAUGCGCCCUUUAAGCCGGCCAAUAAGGGUUCCUUGGCAGACCGAGCAAAGGCCUUAGGUUUAGAAAGUUACGCUGAAGGUAUUCUAAUCGGAAGCCUGCCGGAAAUCAAUAUUCCCGAAUUAGUUAAACCGGACAUCGAAGGUCUGGAAACAGUUGAAAAAGUCGAAGAAGGCAUCAAGCAUCUGAUGGCGUACAAUUUUAGCAAGAAUACUGCCGUGCUGGAGGAAAUCCGGAGGAUCAUCACAAAAUACGACAUCAUGCUCAGUUCGAGUCAGGUGAAAUCGCGCCCCGGGCGAGACAAGUCGGAAGCAAACAACAACGGGGCAGCUCCAGGCGCUUCGGGUGGAGUUGCUGCCCUCAAGCGAAUUCCGAAGAAGGUCGACGAGUUUAAGUACGAACACUACUUCAGCUUCAGCUGUGCCACCAAAUAUCUUCGGCCGCAUCAGAUAAUGGCCCUAAACCGGGGUGAAAAUCAAAAGGUGCUCAGCAUUAAACUCCAGUUCAAGGAUCAGGUCAAAGGAGAUUUGUAUUGGUUCCUAAAGCGAGAGUACCUACAAGACGGUGUUACGUCCCGAAAGCGGACGGAGCUGUUUGAGGCAUCGUUUGAUGAAGCUUUCUCGAAGAAACUGAUUCCGUUGAUGACGCGGAGCGUUCGCUCCGAGCUGACAAAGCGAGCCGAGAAAGCGUCGGUCGAAGUCUUCGCUAACAAUCUCAAACAGUUGCUACUGACCGGACCGGUCAAAGGUGAAAAGAUCCUCGGCAUCGACCCAGGUUUCAGCAACGGCUGCAAAUUGGCGCUCAUUUCCGAGUGUGGAGAGCUGUUGGAUUCCACCACCGUCUAUCCGCACGUCGGAGGAGAACGCUCCAAGGUGGCACCCGGAAUUAUUGCAAAAAUAAUGCUCAAGCACAAUUGUAACUUGAUUGCCCUCGGCAAUGGGACAGCAUGCCGGGAGACCGAAUCAAUGCUGUCGUAUAUGUUAGAAGAGGGAAUUUUGGACAAAAGAUGGAUUCGCUAUUGUAUUGUUCCCGAGCAGGGAGCUUCGAUCUACUCCUGCAGUGAAGUUGCGAAAAAAGAAUUUCCCAAAAUGGAUGUGAACCUUAUCAGUGCAGUUUCCAUUGCACGACGUUUGCAAGAUCCGCUUUGUGAGUACGUAAAAAUCGAACCACGUCAUCUGGGGGUAGGUAUGUAUCAGCAUGAUCUCAACGAGAAAACCCUCUCUGAAACGCUCGAUGAGGUGGUGAUGGAAUGUGUAUCGUUUGUUGGUGUAGACAUCAACACAGCGUCAGUCACUUUGCUAAGUCACGUAGCGGGUUUGACUUCAAAACGAGCCGAGCAUAUUGUAAGCCAUCGAACGCGACACGGGCCAUUCCGCAGUCGCGAGCAGUUGCUCAAAGUGAAAUUCAUUGGUGACAAAACUUUUACUCAAUGUGCUGGUUUUAUUCGGAUCGAGCCGUUGACUGCCGGCAUACGGGAGUAUAAUUUGCUAGAUUCCACCUGGGUUCAUCCCGAGAGUUACGAACUUGCAGAAAGUAUCAUUAGUAGGGCUGGACUGUCAAAUAAGGAGAUUGGGCGUGCUGAUUUUAUUUUGGGAAUUCGCGACUUCGCUUAUCGAACGCCAAAAGACGCGCUGACAAACAUGUUUAAUCAGCCUAUCGAGCGGAUCGAAUGCGUGCUGACCGCUUUGCAGCGGGAUUUGUUGCGCGAUUAUCGAGCUGAUGUUAACAAGCCACCAAUGUUCAAAAAAGGUCUCACAUCAAUGGCUGAUCUGACGGAGGGAACCGUGUUGACCGGGGCGGUCAAUAAUGUGACUGAUUUUGGAGCGUUCGUCGAUAUCGGAGUCGAAAACAACGGAUUGAUUCAUCGCACUAAAAUGAACGGGAAGCGUGUUAACAUCGGAGACAGAGUGGAAGUGACCGUGAUUUCUAUUGACAUUGCCAAGGGACGACUAGGACUCAAGCUGGAACAGAUUUUGUAAGACUUUACCCUGUAUAAGGUAUGGAUCGCUACCUGUCGGGGUUGAUUUGAAUUUGUGUGCUACACUAGUUUUAGUUACAUUGGACUUGUUAUACAUGAAUUGUAAUGUAUA